CCUCCCUAGCUCCGCCCACCCGAGCGGAAGUCCUUUCCUUUCGGGUCCUCCGGCCUGUAGGGGGCUCUCCGAGGCUUCUAGUGCCACGAAGUCCUCCCGCCCGGGCUGUCCCUGCGGCGCCUGUUAGUUUAGCUCUAGAAGACACAUUUGCAUUAUCACUUUUUCGGCCAGAAAAAAAUCGCACAGCCAUCUACCGUGGACAAUAACGUUCACACUCAAAGCAGGCCGAGUGGCCUCAUCAUCAAAGCCUGACGCAGUGGUGAGUAGGAGUCAGGCGGCGUGGGGACAGCCCCGAUUGCCGAAAGUCCCCGGCCCGCUUCCUCCUGUGAAGACGUAGCUGCGGGUGGCUGUGGUGGCUGCGUCCAAGAUGUCGACCAAGAAUUUCCGAGUCAGUGACGGUGACUGGAUUUGCCCUGACAAAAAAUGUGGAAAUGUAAACUUUGCUAGAAGAACCAGCUGUAAUAGAUGUGGACGGGAGAAAACAACUGAGGCUAAGAUGAUGAAAGCUGGGGGCACUGAAAUAGGAAAGACACUUGCAGAAAAGAGCCGAGGCCUAUUUAGUGCUAAUGACUGGCAGUGUAAAACUUGCAGUAACGUGAACUGGGCCAGAAGAUCAGAGUGUAACAUGUGUAAUACUCCAAAGUAUGCUAAGUUAGAAGAAAGGACAGGAUAUGGUGGUGGUUUUAAUGAAAGAGAAAAUGUUGAAUAUAUAGAAAGAGAAGAAUCUGAUGGUGAAUAUGAUGAGUUUGGACGUAAAAAGAAAAAAUACAGAGGGAAGGCAGUUGGUCCUGCAUCUAUUUUAAAGGAAGUUGAAGAUAAAGAAUCUGAGGGAGAAGAUGAGGAUGAGGAUGAAGAUCUUUCUAAAUAUAAAUUAGAUGAGGAUGAGGAUGAAGAUGAUGCAGAUCUCUCAAAAUAUAAUCUUGAUGCCAGCGAGGAAGAAGAUAGUAAUAAAAAGAAAUCUAAUAGACGAAGUCGCUCAAAGUCUCGAUCUUCACAUUCACGAUCUUCAUCACGCUCAUCCUCCCCCUCAAGUUCAAGGUCUAGGUCCAGGUCCCGUUCCAGAAGUUCUUCCAGUUCGCAGUCAAGAUCUCGUUCCAGUUCCAGAGAACAUUCGAGAUCUCGUGGGUCGAAAUCAAGAUCCAGCUCCAGGUCCCACAGGGGCUCUUCUUCCCCACGAAAAAGAUCUUAUUCAAGUUCAUCAUCUUCUCCUGAGAGGAACAGAAAGAGAAGUCGUUCUAGAUCUUCUUCAUCUGGUGAUCGCAAAAAAAGACGAACAAGAUCACGGUCACCCGAAAGCCAGGUGAUUGGUGAAAACACUAAACAACUUUGAGCCCAGGGCCAACCCCUCGGAACACCACUACUUUACCCAGGCACCACAGGUCAUCUUCUGGAUCAUCCCAUUCUGGUUCCCGUUCAAGUUCAAAAAAGAAAUAAUGUAUUAAAAUUUACAUCUUAAAAAACAAUCUAGUACAGUGCAUGAAGCAUAUUUUUUAAGAACUUGGUGUCUUACUUGGUCAGAAGUGCUAAAUCUGCUAGUAGAGGUGCAUGCCUUUCAUUGCUUUUCAGAACAAUACAGCUGUGUUUAUUUGUGAAAUUAAAAGUAAAUAGUAUUUUAAGCCAUAAUGUCCCAAAAUAGAUGCUCUAUGUAUCAUUCAUUAUUUACAACCAUCUACUUCAUUUAAAACCAUUUCAGCUAUAACAAAGUACUUUGUUUCCUAAUUUGAACUUUUGUUUUCUCAUUUCCAAAUAUGAACUGUCUGUUGACUUAAGACAGGAUUACCUGGGCUUGCCUGAAUUUUGGGCAUGGAGGCAAGGCUGUGGUAAAGUAGUUGGAAACAAUCUGUAUGUUAAUAUUGGAAAAGAAGUCAACCUAUUUAAGGUAAUCUAUGUCAAAGUGAUUCUUAUUAGAUAAAGUUAAACUAGUUGUAAGACAGCCACAUGGAGACUUCUUAAAUUAUUUUGAAAUUCCCUAUGCUAAGGGUGCCUUAGAAUCAUUGUCUCACUUUUAUCCAGUUUUACUUUUUGCACCACCACAUUUAAUGCAGAAAAAUCUUGUGAAUUGCAGAAGGAGAAAUGUGUUAGUCAUUUCUCCCUUUCUGACAUGUGAUUUUGAGCAAGAAUAUAUAACAGUUCAUCUCUUCUCUACUGAUAUGGUUGUCUAAUGAGAAAAACAUCUUAUUUCAAAACGUUUACCUUAAUAUUUUAAGAAGUGCUCUGUGUGAUAUCUUUUAGAAAUCCAGUUAUCUCUAGGGUAGACAAAGCUAAAUCAUAGUUAAUGAAGAACAAAUUGAAGAAAGCUUCUGAAGUAUGAUUCUCUUUGGGUGAAAGACCAACAGAGACAAUUGUGAAUUUAAGUGAACAUUUGCCUUGAGAUGUUUAACUUUAAACACACUGCAUAAAAUUUUCUUCUGAGUAACAGAUGGAUGCCUGGUUCUCUGCAUGACAUAAGCAGAAAUAAUUGUUCCUAUUCACUUAAAAUUACUUAUGGCUUAAAAUACUUUCAGAGUUUGUUUUAUUUUUCAAAAUUAAAAUCUGGUCACUUGAGUUGCAUUUUGUCUUCUGGUUUAAAAACAAAAAGGUUUCUCUUAACAGUAUCUUCAGUGACAAUGCAAGGUAAGUAUAUUAAGGGAAAUCGACACUUGUGCUUGGGGACUUUUUGUCAUGGGGAUAAAUACCGACUUUUUCUUGUUUGUUUUUUUCCCUUAACAUUAAUGUCUACUACAAUUAAAAUGUUUUAAUGUAUCUAGUAGACAGACCAAACAGAGUUAUAUUUGUUUUUGAUUUUAAAAUGAGUGAUUUCUCUCUUCACCUGAUCUAAAGAUGAAAGCAAAUAUCUUAUGUAGAAGUAUUUUGAUAAUAUUUUUACAGUGAACUUCCCCUUGGUUUUUUAUGUCUUAAUUUUCUUUGCUGCGUUUACUGUAGGUUGCACAAGAACUUUUAUUCUGUUGUAAUUGUGCCUCAGACUUCUUGAAAGUCCACCUUCUAAAUUGCCCAAAUGAUCUAGAUUCUACAUGUUAUUGUUGGUUUAUUCUUGUGCUUUCUGUAUUUAAAACUUUGACUGUACUAAGCAAAUGCAAGGUUAUAAAUUUAGCUAAUAGUAGUUUACAGACAAUUCAGAUGAUUAUGAUUUCAUUUGGUUUAACUAAGCUGUACUAGUUCAUUUCAUAAGGAAAUGAUGCUGUAGACAAAUGUAAAUAAAGCUUGUGAGUCAAGCAUAAAGUGGUGUUUGUUAGAAAUAAAUUAGAAUUUUUAAGCUCUGA